CACCACCACCACCACCACCAUCCACAAUAACAUCAGUAAAAUUGUUGCUGCUGCUGUUAUGUGCUGUCUGUAUGUGUGUGAGUGUAGUUAAAUCUGUACAUGCUGUAACACACACACACAUACACACACGCUACUCUAUGUCUGAGCCAGGGAGGCCUACCUCUGCACUUCUCUCCACAGAUGGCCAAGUUACUGGUCUGUUGUCAAUAUGUGCUAGGUGUCUUGAUGGAGGAUACUGAGUACCCAGGGAUGACUAGGAUGGAUUCUAUGUUAGCAGGUCCGGCCAGCCCACCUGAAAAGAAGCUCAGAUUGCAGAUGGACAAUGAUGAUCUCAUUAUAACUGCUACAAACAUGAGUGAUUUUGGUGAAGUCUAUAGCAACGAAAGAAACAUGAAUUCCCAGCCACAAAAGGAACCUGAUCCAGAUGCUAUUAAAAUGUUUGUUGGACAAAUACCUCGUUCUAUGGAUGAAAACGAACUCAGAAAAAUGUUUGAGGAAUUUGGUCCAGUAUUUCAGUUAAAUGUCUUACGGGAUAAAAUGACUGGGCAGAGUAAAGGAUGUUGUUUUGUUACUUUUUACACAAGGAAAUCUGCCCUAGAUGCACAAAAUGCUCUUCACAAUAUUAAAACAUUACCACAAAUGCAUCAUCCCAUACAAAUGAAACCCGCUGAUAGUGAAAAAAGAAAUGGUAUCAACGGAGUACCCAGAUUUGGGGCUAAAGUUGAAGAAAGGAAGCUGUUUGUUGGUAUGAUCUCAAAGAAAUACAAUGAAAGUGAUAUACGGAUAUUGUUUUCUAACUAUGGAUCAAUAGAGGAUUGUACAGUAUUAAGAGACCAAAGUGGGCAAAGUAAAGGUUGUGCAUUUGUUACAUUUAAUAACCGACAGAGUGCUCAGAAUGCCAUCAAAAAUAUGCAUCAUUCACAAACAAUGGAGGGGUGUUCUUCACCAUUGGUGGUAAAGUUUGCAGAUACUCAGAGGGAAAAAGAAGCUAAAAAACUGCAACAAAUGAAUGCUAAUUUAUGGAAUUUGUCUUUGGGAGGUUUAGGUCCACUGGCCCCUCAGUAUGUGUCGUUAUUACAACAAGCAGCAGCUGGUAGUGGCGGCGGAGGUGGAGGUGGAAACAUGGGGGGAGGAUACGGUAAUUUAGGUAAUGUUGGCUUGAAUACCAUGGGUAUCCAGCAGUUAUUGACUGCUGCCGCUGCAGCUGCCGCAACUGGCAAUAAUCCAGGCAUACUGGCAGCCCUGGCUGGGUUAAACACUGGCAGUCUAACGAAUAACAAUGGUCCUUCUGCAUACUCCCCUUCCUCCUCCUCCUCCACUACCUUGUCCACUGCUCCGUCUGCUGCAGCGACAGCGGCAGCCUUAGCGGCAGCAGCCACAAUGGCGUCGCUGGGGGGAAGCAAUAACAGUGGCUGUUCGUCAGCUGCAACAGGAGAAACCAACAAUUUGCAACAUUUGCAGAACUUACAGAGUUUAACUGCAUUGGCUAAUGCCUCUGGUAAUGCAGGUUCAUUAAGUGCUCUAGGAAUGCCAAGUUUGGCAGCAUUAAACCAGCUUGCAGGAAACACAAAUGCAUCCAGUGCAUCUGAACCUGUCUUCAACUUUUGUCGUACUAUAACUGGUACAACCUCCUCCAACUCACUAAGUGGCCUCACUGGAAUGCAAAAUCUAGGGAACAAUUCCUUAACAAACCUCUCUAAUUUGACCUCAAGUGUAACAAGCAACAUGAAUGGCAUUGGCUCCAAUACCAACCCAACAGGUAUUGAUGCUCUUAGCCAAGCAUAUUCGGGGAUACAGCAAUACGCAGGUUUGUCAGGUUUGCUCCCUCCAGGUAAAGCCUCCUUUCCAAAUGCAUUCAAUAGCCAAUCAGCUCAGCAGCUCCAACAGGCUGCAGCCAAUUCUGCUGCUGGGAAACAAACCGAAGCAGGUCCAGACGGCGCCAACUUAUUUAUAUAUCAUUUACCACAAGAGUUCAGUGAUCAAGACCUCAUGCAGACUUUUAUUCCAUUUGGAAAUGUUGUUUCAGCCAAAGUCUUCAUUGAUAAACAAACAAAUCUUAGCAAGUGCUUUGGUUUUGUGAGUUUUGACAAUCCUUUGUCAGCACAAGCAGCAAUCCAAGCCAUGAAUGGAUUUCAGAUUGGCAUGAAACGACUGAAAGUGCAGUUGAAGAGGCCAAAAAAUGAUAGCAAACCAUACUAAUGUAGAAUAUCCUUUUAAACCGAUCGCACGUGGCGUGACGUCCUUCCCAUGUUCACGUGACGUCCUUCGUUGUCUCCUCUGCCUGUCACGUUUGAUGUCCUAAGUGUCAGCGGCAUCUCAAGUUCUUCGCUGAGUUUAAAAAAAAAAGAAUAUAUAAAUGUGUGUUAAUAUCUAUCUAUAUAUAUAUAUAUCAGCACAUAUACACACAUGCAUAUGUACCGCAUGUGUGUAUAUGUGUUUGCUUGUAUCUGUGGGUGUAUAUGUAUAUAUAUAUACACAUAUAUGUGUGUUCUAUGUGUAUGUGAAUAUAUAUAUCACAGAUAUUUCUAAGAUUCUUUAAAAAAAAAAAUUGAUAAAAAUUAUCAAAAAAAAAAAGAGAAACUUUCUACGUAGUUUGUGAAUGGCGUGCCACUGGGGUAACGCCAUCAGUGCAUCGCUGAUGGGUUUUGUCAUCUGGACUGUACAGCCAAUUGUCUGCUGCUGCUGCUGCUGCUGCUGCUGAAGUGUUGCAUUGUUAUCAGUAUGUUCGUGUGUGCUCCGUUUCUAUUGACUUGGGUUUCUUGUUACAUAUGUUAUUGGACUAUGGAAUUUUACUGAUCACCAAUCAAGAUCAAUUAUAGAAUAUAUACUUGAAAAUAUAAAAGGAAAUAAAGCAAAUAAAAGAAAUACAACAAAAAUGACCCACUCCCCCAAAAUGUUGACCAAAAAAAAAAUUUUACCAAGAGCAUGUUACUAUAUGCCAUGUACAUAUUCUAACAGUCAUUGCCAUACCCUCUCCUUUAUAACAAAGAAAGAAGCAAGAGCAAUUGAGCUUUGGUCUGGUAUGAAAUGAAACAGAUUCUGAGACAGUAUUGGUUAUUAUAUAAGGCUGAAAGAGGCUGUAUUUUGUUGAGGAGGUUUGCAUAAUGUGUAAAGAAGAGGAACAAAACACCAUGAAAACAAAAGACUAAAACACGAAAAAUUUUGUUGAUUUGUCACUGUGUGUGUGACUCUGUGUUUUAUUAUGAAAGAAAGGGAAAAAAAAAACUUAUCUCCUCCUCCAUGAAAAAAGAAAAAAAAAAAGAAAAUAAGUGUAAUAAAGUCAAAAGGAAAUUAUACAUAACCCCUCCAUACCCCAGUGGUGCAUCUUCGUACAGUUUACACAUUUGGCACCUUUAAUCCAAAAUCUUUCUAGUUUUGUUUGUGGUAUUGAAGUAGUGUACAAAAGAAAAAAAAAGGAAAAAAAAUGGUUUGAUGUGUUUGUAGUUUGUUUUAUGUUCUUAUUUGAUUCCCUUUAGUGCCGUGAUAAAUUGUUUGCAGUGUUUAUUGGGAGACAGUUUUGUUCCACCUUAUAGUUUGUUGAAUUUGUGUGAAACCUUCAGCUAGUUGGACUUUGUGAUUAUUUUCAUUGUACAGUAACUCACUUCUGAGGUCACUAUUUCACAUGUGGCAGAUUAUUGUGUACAUCCUUGUUUGGAAUUAAAUGUUCUCUUAACUCUCCUGACAUGAUACUGGAGUAAUGUGGUGACUCCUACCAUCAUUCCCUUACCUCUCUUCACUCUCACUCUCUUCUCUUUACUCAUACAUACAUACAUGUAUAUAUAUAUAUAUAUAUAUAUAUAUAUAUAUACACACACACACACACACACAGUUUUCAGAUCAGAGAUGUGGUUGAACUGCAGUCUGUACCAGCAAUUGUGACUCUGUCUUCACAAUUUAACAAAACAAUUUUCAUUCCAGUGUUUGGAAAAGAGAAUAGUUUACCAUCAAGCCCAUAGCAUGUAGUUUAUCCAGCUAUUGGUGUCGAUACUAGUAACAGAUAGUUCCACAGAGCUUUAAAUUAGUGACUUGAUAUUUUGAACUGGUCUUCUCACUAAAUAAGGAUGUACACACACAUCUGUCGGUCACACUUUGGCUAGCUUGAUAAAAGGUCAUGUGACAAUAUGUUACAUUUGAAAAGUUAUUAAAAAUGAAGUUAAAAACCAUUUCUAUGAUGUUUAUGUUGAAAAAGUUUGUUGCAAAAUUUCAGAAAUUACUUUAGAUGGCAAUAUUAACCUGUUUAGGAGCUCUAAAUCUACUGAGUGGGAGUAGUCUAAAGAAAUUUACUGGCUCCUCCUUAUGUGGGCACUACCUGGCUGCACCUCUAAUUUCAAUGCUGUUCAGUGGUUAAUGUUGCAUUGCUAGGAAUAGGCAACACAUUAAGAGUGAUAUUUUUGUUAAAUUUAUUUUAAUAUUAGCUAGUAUAACAACCUGUUCUCCUAUGCUCCUCCUCUUCCUUUUCCCCCUUCCACUGCCCCUCUCUGUCCUUUCCCCUCCUUCUGUUGGCAAAGUAGCUAACCCAUAUUUUUGUGGCCAGUAAAUUGAGAGGGCAAACUCUGGUCUUCAUUAAAGAUGUUUUCAUUUUAGUUUUUACAGCCAUAUCUUGGAAUAUUUUUUAAGAAUAAAGUAACAUGACAUUAAGAAUGAGGGUUUUCACUUCUCCUUCAUGACAGCUGUUUGAAAAAUACUAGGAAACUGUGACACCCUCUCCCAACUAAGAUUUCUUUCCAUUUUCUCAAUCUUUAAACUGUUAAACUUCUAUCAUGUGGUAGCCACCACCUAAGUGUUAAAUAUACUAAUGAUGUCUUGUAGGUUACUGGUUUAAGGCUCAUCAUACAUAAAUAUUCCUGUUCAAUGCUGUUAGCUUAUAGCCAAAGAUUUUCCCUCCCCUCCCUUAUCAUUGCACAUUAAUAGUUCACCAAUCCAUGGAAUGAAUGAUGCUGAAUUUGUUUUGAUAUGUAUACUUCUGGUAAGCAUAUAACCAUGGAUGUUUUUAUUAUUAUUAUUAUUAUCAUUAUUAUUAUUACCAUUAUUAUUAUCAUUAUUAUUAUUAUUACUACAACUACCACCACUACCAUUAUUAUUUGUAUGUUGAAACAAAUAAAUUAGUUCUCCAGACAUUUUAUCUUGCGUUAUCAAUAAUUAGUAUACAUAUCUAUAUAGUAUAGUAUUGACUUUAUUACCUACUGUACAAUGGCAACUCUACCUCCACUAUUGUGCUUUAUUUAAAUAACCCAGGAUGUUUCGAUAUUGAAUCAAGUCUGUCAAUGACUGGACUUGCACCAGAAAAAAAGUAAAAAAAAAAAAGAUUAAAAAUAAAACAACUGAGCAUCCAGUUACCUUGCAGCAUUUCUGGAAUUGUCACCAAAGUUUUGAUAUUUCUGCCUGCAGUGACAUUCACCUAAACAAAGUAAAGUAUAGGGGUUAAAAUGCUGGCAGUCUCUGGGGCUUGUGGUAAUCUUUGUACCGUAUGUAUGUGUGUGUAUAUGGGAGAGAAGUAGGAGAGAACUUGGGACCUCUUGAUAAUAGGCAAGUGGUUUAUUGACGGCGUACCCUAUUCAUUUUCACACUCCCCAUUUCACUUAUAUCCCAUUAGUCUGGAAUCACAGCAAUGAUUUUUGUAUUUUAUUUGGUUUUUUUGACAACUUACAUUGUUUGCAACCUGUUCAUCACUGGUUUUACUUCUCACUUUUAUUAGUCUUUUCUUUAUUGUUAUAUCAAGAGCCCCCUUUUAAGAGACAACCAGUUAUAUAUUUAUAUAUAUAUAUAUAUAUAUAUAUAUAUAUAUAUAUAUAUAUAUAUAAGUAUUCUUACCCAAGCUUGUGUGUGCUGAUUAUUUAGUUCUAUCAACCAUUUCUAGAAUAAAUUUUGAAUCCCGUUUGACUGUGUAGAAAUUUCGCCAUAUUGAAAUUAGUUCCUGAUAAAGUAAACAUUCUCUGGACCAUCACUAACAUGUGUCUGUUACCUUGAAUGCACUCUGUGUUGUUAUUUAAAAAAAAAAAACAUCAAGUCUGGUUUUGAACACUGUAGAUAAAGCCUCUGUCAUAUAUCAGUUGGUUUUUUUCACAUUUUAGGAUGUAUUUUCUCCCAAUUUACUUGUUGUUUUGUAACUUCUUAUGUGUUAUUUGUUACCACUUCUCAUAUGUCUUCACUUGGUGUCAUCUCCUUUUUGUUGCCUGUCCGUUUCUUGGAACUGUGAGCCUGGUGUCUGUCUAGAUUGGUUUGUCAUUGAGUAAAUUCAUUGCCAGGCUCUUACCUGUCUGUAAUUUUCACCAUGACAUUCCUUUAAGUUUCCUAUAAUUAUAUUUUCCUGUCAAUUGUCCUCUUGUCCUUCCUUAGUCCAGCCCAAACCGGAUUCUGUUAAUAAUAAACAUGCUUUCAACUGAGCUCUGGAAUUGCUUUAUAAGUUUUGUAAUUGUUGCCUAGAAAAGUGGCUGCUGUUUCUUUGGACAAUCAUUUCAGUUUUCCACUACCUCAAGUUAUUCUAUGUCUUACAGUCUCCUUUCUCCGUUAUUUCUCUCUUUAAUAGCUGUGUGUGGCAACACAUCAGUUGGUGUGUUACCACCACACACGGGAUAAUCAGAGGAUAAAUUCUUUGAAUUUGUGAGCUUGUCAAUACUGUUUGUUUGAAUGGCCAUCUUCACUGCUACUAGGACUAUCACACCUUUGACUUGAUCAUCUAUGCUGAGUAUUAAUGCAACAUGUAAUAAGAUGUUAAUGCUACUUACUUAUCAAAGGUGUUCACUUGGUUUUCAUGAAAUUUAAGAUCCCUGCAUUUUUCUUUCUUAUACUUCUGUAUGAACUUUGCUACUGUCAGCUGGAUCUUUACCAUGUCUCAGUUGUGUAUAGAAUUCUAUAUGGAGUUAAGAGUUGGCACAGAUCCAACCUAUAGUUUGAAGUCAUAUAUAUAUAUUCCAUCUUGUUAGUUUUUUGUUUGUUUUUAUGUUUUUCAAAUUCAUUGAGAAGUGGUGUUUCAUUUGCAAAUUUCAUCAUUUAUUCUAUUUUAAAUCUUUGAAGACAGAAUAUUCUUGUAGAUAUAUCCAAACUGUAUAUAAAGUGCCAAAGCGGCUAUAUUUUAAACUGUGAUGCUGCUGCUCCGUAAGAUUACCUGUGGACCAGAUAAUCAUUCUCCCUGGUUUUUCUUUGAGUUCAGUUCUUUUCAUGAACUUAGCUAAUCUUUCAUCGUGAAAAUUUGUUCAUCCACUUAAGAAUAAAGGCCCUUCAAAGAAUUCGGUAACCAAAUGAGGUUACUGAAAAUUGAUUUUGAUUCGGCUGUGCCAAUUGAUAUCUCUUUAUCAGGGAGCUGUUGUUACUUUAAAGAGUUUUACCAUUUAUUAAGCAGUUUCAAAAUGAAUGGUUUUAUUUCAUUACUCUUGUUAAUUUCCCUCCCACUAAGUCCACCCUUUCUCUUGAGCCAGAUCCAGAACUGACAGACAGACAGAUAAAAACUGAAGAUGACACUAUUGUAUUAAGUUGGGUCUCUUUCACUAGUUUAGUUAAAUAGCUGCAUUGUGAGUGAGUGUGUGUGUGAUGUGGCGGUGCACGCAAUCUCUGGAAGAAUUCAAUAAAAACCAUUCACCCAUCUUA